GCCAUGGUCCUUGCCACCUGAGUCAUUUAUUGUGGUGCUUGAAGCUACAAAUCCAAGUACCUGCAGCACAAGAAGUUAGAAGAUGAGCUCCCCAGAAGCCUGGACAUCUGCAGCAAGGGGACUCCGCAGGCCACCGGCUUUGAAGUGAUGGUAGCAGGGAAGUUGUUUCACUCCAAGAAGGGAGGUGAUGGCUACACGGACAUGGAGAGUAAGUUUCCGAAGUUGGUGGCUGUGAUCAGAGCCGCCUUGGCUCAAGGCUAA